AUGCAAUGUCGUUUAUAUUAUUAUCAAUAUCCUAUUAGACUUCUACAAGUUGCUAUUCGACAAUUAUCAAGUUUGAAUGAAGAAAAACCUAAAUAUCAUAAUUCAACAGAAAAUCAAAAAGCAAAAUGGUAUCGAAAUGGACUUCAUCGACCAUUGUUAUCCGGCACAAGUACGUUUGAAAAACGUAAUAUUUUUCUAAUGGGACCUCCAGGUAGUGGAAAAACAAGUGUUGGACGUGAGUUAGCUCGUUUAAUGAAUAAACCUCUUAUUGAUAUUGAUGAUAAUUGGCUUGAACCACGAUGGAAAACAAGUGUAGCAUCAAAAUUAACUGAACUUGGUGAUGAACAAUUUCUUGAAGCUGAAGGUCGUGAAUUAUUAGCAAUAGAUCAUCAAAAUCAUAUUAUAUCAUUAACGGGUUCAAAUCCUUUACAUUCUCAAUCAAUGGAACAUCUUUCUCAACUUGGUAUAUUUGUCUAUUUGGAUGUAUCACGUGAAACAAUUUUAAAUCGUUGUGAAAUGAUGAAAGUUGAUCGUAUUGUUGGACAACGAACAAAAACAUUGAAUGAUAUACUUGCAUGGCGUGAACAUAUUUAUGAAAAAUCAUAUGAUAUAAGAAUUAUUAUUGGUAAAGAUGAAACACAGAAUGAUAUAGCAAAAAAAAUUUUCAAUCAACUUGAACAACAAUCAAAAUUUUAUGAAAGUACUCGAAGUGAAUAUCAAAAGAAAAAUCAACAAUUUCUUGAUAUUAUUCAACAAGGACUUGCACCUGAUGGUGGACUUUUUGUUACUCGUUCAUUCAGUCGAUUAUCUCUUAAUGAAUUACAACGUUUAAUUGGUUUAUCAUAUCCUGAAAUAGCUUUACGUAUUAUGGAACGUUUUCCACUUGGGACACUUCAUCCAUCUCAUUUACGUUCUUUACUUUGGCAAGCAUAUUCAACAUUUAAUAAACAAAUUUUACCAGUUCGUCAUCUACAAAAAAAUCAAUAUUUAAUGGAAACUUUUCAUGGACCAACAGCAUCAUUUAAAGAUUUAAGUCUUCAAUUAUUACCUCAUUUAUUGCAAGCAGCUACAGAAUUAACAUCAAAAGAUGAUAAUAAAUCAAAUCGUUUAGGUCUUCUUGUUGCUACAUCAGGAGAUACAGGUUGUGCAACACUUGAUGCUUUUGCACGAUUACCUGGUACACCUAUUAUUGUUCUUUAUCCAAAUACUGGUGUAUCUAUUAUACAAAAACUACAAAUGCAAACAACAUCCGGUGAUGUUUGUAUUUUAGGUGUUGAUGCUGAUUUUGAUUUUUGUCAAACAAUGGUUAAAAAUCUUUUUCAUGAUAAAAAAUUUCUUUUUGAUAUUAAUCAAAUUUUACCUGAUCUACAUCUUUUAUCAGCUAAUAGUAUUAAUUGGGGUCGAUUUUUACCUCAAAUUGUAUUUACAAUAAGUUCUUAUUUACAACUUAUUGAACAAGGUGUAAUAAAUUUAGGUGAAUUAGUUGAUAUUUGUAUACCAACAGGUAAUUUUGGUAAUAUACUUGGUGCUUUUUAUGCUCGACAAUUAGGUUUACCUAUUCGACAUUUAAUAACAGCAUCAAAUGAAAAUAAUGUUAUUACUGAUUUUAUUCGAACAGGAUCAUAUGAUUUACGUAAUAGAUCAUUUCAAAAAACAAUUAGUCCAAGUAUUGAUAUAUUAAUUAGUUCAAACCUUGAACGACUUAUUUAUUUAUUAUCAAAUGGAAAUUAUUCAAUGAUUCAACAAUUAUUCACUAAACUUUCAAAUGAUCGUUAUUUUAAUAUUAAUUCAAACUUAUUAAAACAAAUUCAAUCUGAAAUUCAAGGUGAUUGGACAAAUGAAAAUGAAUGUAUAGAAACAAUAAGAAAAAUUUAUUAUGAAACACAACAAUUAAUUGAUCCACAUACAGCUGUUGCUGUAUGUGUUGCAGAAAAAUUUUUAAAACAAGAUAAUAUACCAAUGCUUAUUUCAUCUACAGCUCAUUAUGGAAAAUUUCCUCAGACAAUAUUAAAAGCAAUUAGUAAUAAUGAACAAUCAUUAUUAUCAAAUGAUAUAUCAACAUUAUUCAAAGAUUUACAAUCAUUAAAAUCAAUUUCACCAAUGCAUCAUGAAUUAAUUAAAUUAUCAAAUAAACCUAUUAUACAUAGAAAUGUAGUUGAAGCAAAAAAAUCGGCUAUUAUUAAAGAAAUUAAAAUAUUUUUAGAACAAUUUUCUAAAAAACAUUUAUCCUAA